CUUAAAAAAAUCUAUUAAUUAAAAAACAGAAAAUGAAUAAAGAAUAAAAGAACAAUUUAUAUUUUUGUAAUUUUUUCACUCAUUCGCUGUCUCCUUUUUCAAAAGAAGAAACUGAAUCCUUCACUCUGUUGAGACUUGGGAGCUUAUUUACCGUCAGAAUACAAAAUCGCAUGCCAUGGACGCUUUCAGGAAACAAGCUAGCAAGUUAAGAGACCAAGUUGCCAAACAACAACAGGCUGUAAUUAAACAGUUCAGCGGUAGCGGAUACGAGAGCUCGGAUGUUGUGGUUAUUGAUGAGGUUGAAUUGCAGAGACAUCAACAUAUGGAGAAGUUGUACAGGGCUACCCGUGCCGGCAGGGAUUUCCAAAAAGAAAUUGUUAAAGCAGCAGAAACAUUUACGGCUAUAGCUUAUAAGCAUAUUGAAACAGGAACAAAACUUUCUGAGGAGUGCUGUAGAUACGGAGCAGAGAACAACAGUGACAACAUAUUGGCUAAAGCAGCAUCAGUUUAUGGUGAUGCUCGCAAGCAUGUAGAAAAGGAGCACGAAGAAUUGAACCGGCUUUUAUCUUCCCAGGUUUUGGAUCCUUUGAGACAAAUGAUUAUCGGCCCACCUUUGGAGGAUGCUCGUCAUCUUGCUCAGCGGUAUAGUCGGAUGAGACAAGAAGCAGAGACACAAAAAGAGGAGAUUUCUAGAAGACAAGCACGGGUCAGGGAAUCUCAAACUGCCGAGCAUGUUGCCAAACUCCAUGCUGCAGAAGCUAAGAUGCAGGAGCUGAAAGCAAACAUGGCAGUUCUAGGUAAAGAAGCUUCAGCUGCAUUGGCUGCUGUUGAUGCACAACAACAGAGACUGACUUUUCAAAGGCUUGUUGCUAUGGUCGAAUCAGAGAAGACUUUUCAUUCAAGAGUUGCAGCUAUUUUUGGUGAAAUUGAAACUGAGAUUGUCUCUGAUAGACAGAAGAAAGAAUCAGCCCCUCCAGCCGUUCUUUUCCAGAAUGGCUCAGAGAAAACAAUGUACUUCUUGGCUGAGGCAGUGCAUCCUUAUGAUGCUGAAUCAGAAAAUGAACUGAGCUUUUCAAAGGGUGAUUUUAUUGUCGUGAGGAAGGUGAGCCAAACAGGGUGGUCAGAAGGAGAAUGCAACGGUAAAGGAGGGUGGUUUCCUUCUGGCUACGUGGAAAAACGACAGAGAAUCCCCUCUAGCAACUUGGCUGGUGAAGUUUACUAGUUUCUUCUCCUCCUGUCCCAGUCAUUCUUUGCUUUGUCACAUGCACUAUUUUAACUUUAUAUUUUGUAAUUGAUUGAAAUACAUGUAUCUUUUUUCAAUGUUUUAUGGUAAUGCCUGUUGGUUGAAUGAAGGAUAAUAGGAUUUGGAUUUUGAAGUCACAUGCUUUAUGGUAGUGCCUAUUGAUGCUUCA